CCGCUAUCCUCGCUAUCCUUCGAGAUGCAGCUGCUACCUCCUGCCCCAGUGCUUUGCCUUCCGGGGGGUCUGAAGACACUGGUCCCAACCACGGCGGGAACGCGUCUGCCCGACGUGCUUAAUCAUCCCAGCAGCUCCGCCACCGUGCCGCAGACCGGCUACGUCCUGCACCCUCCUUCCAACAUGCCUUCACAGCAAGCGUGCGGCUCGCGGCCGCCGCCCUCGAGGGCCCGAUCGGUUCUAAUUGCUCGCCCGCAGCCUAUUCGCGCCUAUUUACCACCUAUAUAGAUCAUUAAUCCGUCACCGUCCUUCGUCGUCGCUAUGCCAUCUCUCCCCGGAGUGCCUGGCUUCGGCCCUCUUCGUCGCAUCGCACGCAUCGCACGCCGGAACUUCCCCAAGCUGAAUUUUAUAACGAUUCACUAUAUUUACUUUCUGGCGACAUGUUUGAUAUCGAGCUUGAUCUUCUGGGGUUCGUCGACGCCGGCGAGGAGUGUCAGCUACACCGACUCCCUCUUCCUGACGGUUAGCGCUAUGACAUUGGCAGGUCUGAAUACCGUCAAUUUAUCCACGUUGAACACAUUCCAGCAAAUUAUGCUUUUCAUUCUUAUCAUGCUCGGCUCGGCUAUCUUUGUCUCCGCAUUCGUAGUCCACGUCCGGAAAAGAGCUUUCGAAACACGUUUCGACUUCAUUGCACAGCUUCGACGGCAGAGAGCAGAGAGAGCGAGACGUCGUCGUGGGUCUAUGUCCCUGGCGCGGCGCCUUACAAGGAGCUUGUCGAGAGCUGCCAAUCCAGAUGUUCCGCGCGGUUCAGCCAUUCCGGAGCCCAGUGGCCCGCCGCAAAACAUGGAGGAAGCUGGCGAUAUGCGCCUCGUCGACGGCGCUGGUGCAAGCCCAAGCGAUACGCCAGUGGCGGAGAAGUUGCCGCAGGAAGAUGGGGGAGCGAAUCAAGCCUCUGACGAAGCUCCCAUAACUUCCAAGGCAACCGAAGCCUCACAACCCGACCGGAUUCUCCCGCAGAGUGGCACAUCUACCCGACAGAGCGAGGGGCCAGGUGAGAUUCAGCCCGGCUCAAGCCCGGUCGUGGAAAAUGGAACCCCAGCGCACAUCACCUUUGGACCUCAUGCCUUCUACCGACCGAGCACACCGCCUUCAAGGCCCGGCCAUCACCGCCUGCUCUCAAUGCAAGGCGUCGGAGCAUAUCCGGGAGCGGCCAUCAAACGAAGACCAAGCACGAGUCUCUCCAAUACCCCCUCCCGUGUCCAGCCAGACGAUUUGGAGCCAGCGAAUGAUCACCUACCCUUUUCCUCCUCGGGCUUCUUGUCCCGCAACUCUCACUUUCACCACUUGUCCGAAGAAGAACGCGAGAAGCUCGGAGGUUGCGAAUAUCGAGCGAUCCGCCUCCUUUCAUGGCUUGUCCCCUCGUACUUCGUUCUAUUCCAACUAUUUGGUGCCAUAGGCCUUGGAGCAUACAGCGCCUCCAACAAGGCCUCGCCCGCUCGCAAAAACGGGCUGAGUCCCUGGUGGGUAGGCAGUUUCAAUGCCAUUAGCGCUUUCAACAACUCUGGCAUGUGCCUUCUAGACGCGAAUAUGGUGGCUUACCAGACUUCUACCUAUACCUUGCUUACCAUGGGUUUCCUAAUCCUUGCUGGGAAUACCUGUUUCCCGAUAUUUCUCCGACUCAUCGUUUGGAUGUCUCUGAAGGUGGCAUCGAACAAUGAUGCCUGGAAAGAGUUCCGCAAGACGCUCCAGUUCCUGCUCGAUCAUCCCAGGCGAUGUUAUACGAACCUGUUUCCGUCGCGGCAUACGUGGUGGCUUCUAGCAUCUGUAAUAUGUCUGAACGGGGUAGAUUGGGUGGCUUUUGAGGUCCUCAACAUCGGAAACGACGCAAUCACGUCCCUGCCUGACGGCUACGAAGCCUUAGACGGCUUGUUCCAAGCUCUUGCUGUUCGGAACGGGGGCUUUUACGUCGUCCCUAUUCCCAGCGUCCGAAUAUCGCUGCAAGUACUAUACGUCAUCAUGAUGUACAUCUCGGUGUAUCCUGUGGUUAUCACCAUGAGGAACACAAACGUGUACGAGGAGCGAAGCCUAGGUAUCUACAGCGAUGAUCCAGGUUACGCCGCCGAGCAGGCAUCGAGGCCCCCAACCGGUUUUCUCGGAAAGGUUCGGAGAACGAUGACUGGCCAAGGUCUCGAGCAGACCAAAUCCUACUUCGUCCGCCAGCAACUGCGCGCUCAACUCGCCCACGAUCUAUGGGGGCUCGUCCUCGCCGUCUUCGUAAUCAUGAUCAUUGAAGGCAGUAACUUCCAAAGCAACCCCGCCGUUUACAGUGUUUUCAACGUCAUCUUCGAGACCGUUUCGGCCUAUGGUUGCGUUGGCAUUUCUGUCGGCCUGCCAAACGAAGCAUACAGUUUCUGUGGUGGCUGGCAUACAUUGAGUAAGCUGGUUCUGUGCGUGGUCAUGAUUCGAGGGAGGCAUAGAGGCUUGCCAGUAGCUAUUGAUAAGGCUAUAUUGCUCCCUGGUGAGAGCGUGGAUGAGGCGGAGGAGGAGGAUGGGAUGAGAAGGCUAGAAAGGACUGUAAGCCGGGGACGAGUUGUGUAAGGGAGCACAGACAUGGGAUAGAGUAAGAAUCUAAUUUUCAAGAAAUUGCGCUCUCUCGGCAAGCAACUGUACAUUGUGGUCCUAGCGAGAUAACCCUGGCACAGAUCCGUGGAAGUUAUUACGCACCUUCAGGAUGGGGCCGCCCUCGUUAAAAGGUAAUUCAAGCAAAGUGGUUAUUAUUACUAGGCCGAAGCAUCACAAUUUCCUUGCGCUCUUUCCGCAAAGGGCCGUUGAGACAGACCAG